AUGGCCCCUGUCCGUGCCUCCUCGCCCUCCCCCUCCAUCCCAGCGACGCCGGCCAUCUCCUCUUGCCCGUCCCCAGACCGGACCUUUUCAACCGUUUCCUCUCUUUCGACAUCUUCCGCCACUUCCGCCGAUGCCAGGUCCUCCGUUUCCAUCUCGUCCAAACGACGAGGGUACAUCCGUCCUCAGGGGGCCGAGUUUGCGGAGUCCGCCAAGAACCGGGAGAGUGUCAUGAGCCUGGGUAGCAUUGCUCAUCUGCAAUACUACUUUGCGCGGACAGGUCUACUGGAUGGCAAAGGUGCUCAAGCUCGUGAUUGGAAGAAGAAGAAACCGGAGGAUAUGCCGCGGCUACUCCUGACCCCCAAUGCCCGGUUUAUCGACGACCUGACUGCCAGUCCAACCAGUGCUAGCCCCACGGAGGAAGAAAGCAUGGAUCCGCUGGACGAGGUGUAUGAUGACGAGGUUGAAGUCAUGCUGCCUCCCACGGUCAGCACCUACAGCAUCAAAACACACCACAUCCCACCCCCACCCAAACUCAAGGCUCUGCGGAAGGAUUUGCGGGAUGCGAUGGAGAAGGCCGAACGCAGUAUCGAAUCCAUCGACUCCCAGAAAGAACCACCGGCGGAGAUGGUCCCCCCUCGGAUUAGUCUUUCGAGUGAUGAUGGACCUGACAGUGCAGACGACCCCUCGCGUCAGGUGCCCGCGGAAGCGACCCCGCAGACCUGGCAAGAGAUCCAGGGCAUGCGGGUCUUAGAUACUGUCACUUUUGCGAUCCGAGCCGCCAAGAUCUACUACACUGCACAUGAACGGCCCGACCGACUCGCAUCCAUCAAAAAUGAGCGCGACAUACGGCAGGAGCUGUUCAAUGUGCUGGAGGUCUUGAAGCGGUGGGCGUCUCGGAAUUUCGCCGACGGACUGCGCGAUGACGAGCGGUCUGCCAUUGUAGGAUGGAUGGCCAAUGUGCGAGACAUGUUGGCCCGCGAGGCCCAGUUAGAGUCGUUUGAAGCCAAAGAACGAGCAGCCUGGCUUUGGACCGAGGGGGAAUGGCUGGGUAAAGAGCGGGAACGAGAGACAUUGUUCCUGCGUAGUCUGAUCGGCGCCGACGCGCAGCUUCCGACAUGGACUGCGCCGGAGGAGAACUCACCGCCACCCGCCCUGCUGGAGAAACUGCGGGAUGGCCGCGACCUGGUGCGCGCACAUAACUUUGCCGUCAAGAACUCGAAGCGACCGUUCUUCGACAUCAAAACCUACCACGAGGAUGUUGCCAAGCCAUACCGACGUGCCGAGAACCUGCGUUUCUGGGUGAAGGCGGCAGAGCUCCGAUGGGAGACGAAGCUGGAGCUGGAUGUGAUGGGGAUUGUACACGGCAACAGCGACGAGGCCUGGAAGCAGUUCGACACGGCUCUUCUGGCCUGGUGUAAAGUGGUCCGGGAAGAGCUCGUCCGGGACUGGCGGGAGAGGAGAGCGCUGGCCGAGAGGCUGGUAGCGAGAAUGCCAUUCCCUUUGAUUUUACAGGCCAGUGCGGUCGCCUCGUGGAUCGCACCCAUGCGUGCCAUGUCCGCCGCGUCAACGGCCACCACUGCGACUGCCGACCCCCCGGAUUCCGGGCCCAACUUGUCCACGUCGCAGCUCUUCUCCCCUCCUCCUCCUCCUCCACCCGCCGUGUCUAUCUCCGCCGCCGACAAAGCCACACCGCGACGAAUCAAGUCCAAGUCGUCCCUACGAAGCCUCCGCAGUUUCGGGAGUACCAGUCAUCACGAAGACGACGCCGACGAAUCUCACGAUCCUGGUUCCGACAAAUCGCUCAUCCGCCCGUCCAUUCUCCGCCGCUUAUCCCCCGGCCUCGCCGCCCGCGUCAAGUUACUGGACGGCAGCAACAAAACCAAUAGUCCCUCUCGGAUCGCCGGCGCAGUGGGUCGGAUUCCAGAGGAGCACAUCAAAGAGCUUGAAAGUUUACACCAGAAAGCAUCAUCUAUUAAGAUCGAAAAGAAAGGUCGCGCGUGGAAUGCUCUCCCACGGCUUCACAAGGACAAGAAACAGCAGCAGAGUGAUCCCGGCUAUUUAGAAGUUCCUGACCCAGAGCUACCGGAAGAGAUACUAGAGGAGCUGGAGGAAGCGGCGACACCUCACUCGGACCGUCUCUUGGAUCUGCUUCUGGGCCAGGAGUCGGCGCAACUGGAAGAGCCCAGCUUUAGUGAAGACGCGAUCGAGCCAGAGCCCAAGGUACCCACACUUGCAGAAGAGGCAAUUGAAGAGCCGGUGAUAUCCACACUUGCAGAAGAGGCGGUUGAAGAGCCAGAGGUAUCCACACUCGCAGAGGAGGCGGUUGAAGAGCCUGAGGUAUCCAGACUUACAGAAGAGGUGAUUGAAGAAGAGCCGGAGGAGGAGCCAGAAGAGCAAGUGGAAGAGCCCACGCUCACAGAAGUGGUUGGAGAGCAACCAGAGAAGAUAGUUGAAGAGGUGGUCGAGGAAGAUCCAGUCAUGUCUAUUGUUCAGCCCACGCAAUCUGACAUAUCCGAAAAGACAGAUUACGAGAAAUACUUACAAAGCACCAGUGACAGCGAGUCGCAUCCACCCCCUCCCCCGCCCAAAGAGACUUCGCGCCCGACAUCAACCAUUUCAUCUAACUCUCAAUCCUAUUUCAACCCUCAAGGCCUACAGCGCACCGAAUCCAUCUACUCCUUCUCGCGCGCCUCGUUUAGCAAUCAACUCUCCCAGCUCACGUCCAUCGCCCUCCCGCAACCGUCUGUGCUCGAGGCUAGUAUUGCCACGAUAGCAACCGCCCCGGCGGCGGUUCGAGCGCUGACCGGGGCUGCGGAGCAGAUUCAAAUCUGGGUCAAGAAGGCGUCCGACGUGUUGGGCGGGCUGGAUGCGGAAGACGAGGUGGAAUGGGCGGCUGCGGCCGGGCGAGAGGGCUUGGAAGGGGUGGACAAGGCGAUAAUCCGGUUCGAAGGAUUAAUCAAUGUCUACGUCCGGGCAAUCGAAGACGUCCAACUGCGCGACGACAUUGGUAUCGUGAGUACCGACAGUCUGCAGACGAUCGUGGUGCAGAUGGACACCAUCAUCCAGAGCUGGGCGCAAAUCAAGAAUCGACUGCGGGGGGUCAAAGAGCAAGUGGAGUUGGCGAUGGAGUGGGAAGAGCUAUGGGCGAAUGUCUUGGGCGAUGUUGGGGCCGAGGUUGAGAGCCUCAGUGAGCUGAUCUUCGAGAUGGAAGAGAAACGGCACUGGACGCUCGCCGGCGAGCAGGACUCCAGUGCCUCGGGACUUGACAUCAGCGAGCUGGAGACCAUCGUGGAAGAGACCCCGUCGAGCCGACGGAUGUUGUCUGGCAAACGGCUCAGCAUCGAUCCCAUCCUGACUGGACCGCCCGCCCUCGACAUGCCCGUCAUCCAAACCCCGCAGGACGACACGAAUCACUCGAACCUGAUCGCGCUGUUUGCGCGGAUUCAACCGCUGCGGGCAUCGCUGGAUUUCCUACCGAUGCGGCUGUCCAUGUUCCAGUCACGGGCCGAGAAGAUCUUUCCCAGUGCGUGCCAGGAUCUCGAGGAACGGCGAACCCAGCUCGAGAAACGCUACCAGACGCUGGAGGCGGACGCGGACGCGCUGCAGAAGGAGCUGAACGAAGACCGCUGGAUCCUGGUGUUCCGCAAUGCAGGCGGACAGGCGCAGAAGAUGUUUGAUUCGGUGGAGCGGAGCAUCGCCAAAUUGCAGGAGGCUAUCGAGACGGGGGUGCAUAUCCACGACCCGCCACUGUUUACGAAGCGGGUUGAAAGCUACGAGGCUAAGAAGCAGCACUACGUGGCCGCGAUCGAACGGGUGGUGGGCAUUAUUCGCAAGGGGGUCAACGACCGACUCACGGUGAACGGCGAGACUCUGCGGCUGCUGUCGGAUAUGACUUCGCGAGUCGACGCGUUGAGGGCGAGUAUCCGGGCCAUGGAUGACUGGCUGGAGGACAUCAACUUUGUCCGAUCGCAGCAUCUCCGGGACUCCAUCUCCAGCAUUGUCACGAUGGAUAGCCCUUUGACCGGCAGCGUGGCCGAUACUCCGGGCAGUUCGCCGGCCUCGUCGGUGGUCAUGACACCCGCCAACCCUCUCAAGGGAUGUGCGACGCCCAUGGGGACGUCCAGCCGGCGUGGCAGCUCGGUCAGUUCGGCAGCGCGCACGACGAUGUCGAAGAUGCGACGGUACUCGGGCAUUCCGCAGGCGGCGACGACACUGACGAGCAAGAAGUCGGCCCUUCCCAAGGCUACCACUACACUCACGGCGCGGUCGCCUAGUCGAGCCGGAGCGGUCACCCCCACGCCCGCCGCGCGUAAGUCGGGAUCCCGGCCGCCAGCACAGACGCCAUCGGCACUGGCCAACCGUCCGCGGUGGACCACCAGCACCAACACCAACGAUUUGUAUACCAGCAAGCCCAACCCGUCACCGGUGCGCAAACCCUCCAGCCGGCCCGCGUCGACGGUUCCAAUGGGACCGUUCCGGCGCGACAUGUCGAUGUCCCCUGGACCGAUGACUGCGCGGUCCUUGAGUCGGGUGUCCAGCCGGCUGGCGUCGCGCAGUCCGGUGCGACAGGGCUCCCCUACUCCUGGGGGCAAGCUCCGGCGGCCGGAGGGCAUGUCGAAUGCGCCGCGCAGCCGGCAGAGCUAUGCGGGGUUGUCCUUCAGUCGCAGUGUAUCACACGACUACGACCGGGGUCUGGCGAGUCCGACCAAGGCGCCGCGGCCGGGGACGGCGCUGGGGCAUUCAGCGAACCGACGGAUCAGUUUGAUUCCGUUACCGAAGAGCAAGGAGACGUCACGCAGCAAGCUGGGGGAGCGACCGCCGUGGCGGUUUUCGGGGCAUUAA